ACAAUCAUUUCAAAUUUUCAACACUCCUUUUUUAUAUCUUUGUACAUUCCUCUCCAUAUAAGGAAACUCAAAGAAACCCAAGAAGAUAUAAACACUUUUCAGUUUUCACAUCUUAACCAUGUCCACUACAAUUGGGUUUACAGGCCCAGACAAGAUGAUCAAGAAGUCAGCCCACCGACGUAACGACUCCGGUGAGCUUGAUGUGUUUGAAGCAGCCCGCUACUUCUCUGGUGCCGAGGUCACUGGUUUUGACGCUUCCCGCAAGAUCAUGAAAGAAGAAAGGCCUGCAUGGGAAGGUGGAGGAGGAGGAGGAGCAAGGAAGAGCUUAGACAUGCCCGUGCAAGGCCCACUCCCUACUGAGGCCCAUCGGCUUGAAAAGAGCAGCAAAGAGAAGAAAAGCAAGCAGCCAAGCUCACCAGGUGGGAAGCUGGCCAGCUUCUUGAACUCCCUCUUCAGUCAAACAUCUUCCAAGAAGAAGUCAAAGUCAACAUGCAAGUCAGUCAAAGAUGAAGAGGAAAGCCCAGGUGGGAGGAGAAAGAGGAGGAGUAGCAUCAGCCAUUUCCAGAGCAUCAACAACAAUCACAACAACAACAGCACCAAUGAUUCAAAAUCCAUAUAUUCCUCCUCAAGGACUGGUUUUAGAACACCUCCACCUUAUUCCCAUACUCCCACAAAGGUGUACAAAGAUCAAAGGCAAGGUGGGCCUCUGUCAAAGUGCCAUGGGCAGCCAGGCCCAGUGAUUUUUGGCCCACAGCAUGAGGGAUUGGCUGAGAACAAGGAAUCGGGGUUGAGCUGGUUGGAUGAGAAAUUCAAAUUCAGUGAUGGGUUUUUGGAGAAGAAUAGGGUUAUUCUAGGUAAUGGGCUUUUGGAGAAGGAUAUGGCUUGUUAUAAUGGGCUUUUGGGGAAAGAUAGGAGUUGGGUGGGUGAAUUUACAUUGAAGGAGAAGGAUUUGAGGAGGGCUGAAGAAGUGGAAGAUGGCGGGGAGAGUGAUUCAAGCUCUGAUCUUUUUGAACUUCAAAACUAUGAUUUGGGUGUGUUCUCUAAUGGCCUGCCUGUGUAUGAGACUACAUGUAUGGAGAAUAUCAUGAGAGGUGCACCUAUCGCCAGUGCCACCCUCUAGCUUGUAUGUUUUCUUUUUACCUUUUUAAUUACUCUCUCUCUCUCUCUCUCUCUCUCUCUCUCUCUCUCUCUCUCUCUCUCUCUCAGACUGGUUGUAGUGAAUGUUAGGAUUGGGUUUGGUUGAGAAUAUAAAUAGUUUUCCGUUCCUAUUC